UGUACUUAUAUCGCAUCUUAUCUAGCUUGUUCUGGGUUACUGAUUACGCAUAAACCUUUCGCAUGGUCUUUACAUUUAUUUAUCAUGUUUUGGAGGUUCGAGAGCUCAAUUAAAUGGCGAGUGAUGGUGGUUUGAACCAUUUGGAAGGCACAUUAAACACAAAAGGUGGUUUGUUCAUUCGUAGAAAGACGAAUAGCAAUGACGAGCUGUUUAAACAUCCCGAAAAAUCACUUCUUGGUUUGGAUGUGCUAGCGAAGUCUCGUGCUCGAGUUGAUGAAAAUUCUCGAAAGCGUCGAAUUGAAGAUGGCUCGCCUGGUGGACUUUCGGAAAGCAUACACAAACAAAUUGCUGAUUAUGUAAUCGGGAAGUACAAAGGAGGGAAACGCGGACUUUAUGCUGAUACGAGGGAAAAUGAACGUAAGCAAAGAAGCCAUCAUCAUGACAAAGGGAGCUGGCAAAAGCAUUAUGGAGGUCAAGGUUCACGAGAUCGAGAUGCAGAAACUCCCAUUUUCAAGGUGCCUGACACUCCUUCACGUUCAGCCUGGGAAGAGGAUGAUUCAGGACAGAUAUCAAAAAGGUACCACUCAAGCUGGGAUACACCUACUUCAUCUGGUCAUCGUGAUGAUACAUCUUCGGCUCGUAGUGUUUCAAGCAUUUGGCAAAGUGAACGAAAUCGAAAACGACAAAAACGUAAUAAAAAGAGGACUCAGGAAGACACGAUUCGUUCGGUUAAAGAAGAAGGAGAAUUGGUUCCGGAUUUUCGCAAUGCUUUUGAAAGAGCAGAAUGGGAACGAGAACAACAAAAAUUGGAUCGUGAUUGGUACGGCAAUGACCAAGGCUAUGAUGACGAAAACAAUCCAUUUUCUCAGGUUUCGCAGGAAUAUGUAGAAAAGAAAGAAAGACAAUGGCAACAAAAACGUGAAAAGCCCCGUCUAACGGUUCGCCAACAGCAAAUCAAAAAGGACAAUAAAAUGUGGGAAAAUAAUCGGCUAGCAAGAUCAGGUGUUGUGUCACUUACUGAUGACGACGAUUUUCUCGAUGAUGAAUCGGAUGAAAAUCGAGUAACACUGCUGGUGCAGAAUGUCGUACCACCAUUUUUGGAUGGUCGUUUCAUAUUUACAAAACAAAAUAAACCAAUUGUUCCUGUGAAGGAUGUGACUUCUGAUCUUGCUGUUGUUGCUGCGAAAGGAAGCAAGGUUGUUCGAAUGUGGCGUGAAAAGGAAGAGCAGAAGAAAGCGCAAGAAAAGCAUUGGGAUUUGGCAGGUUCUAAAUUAGGGAAUUUAAUGGGCGUUAAAGCAGCACCAGAUGAGAUAAGCAGCGAUGAUGUUGGGAUAUGCUAUAGGGAGUCGCAGCAGUUUGCAUCUCACUUGGUCGGAUCGGGAGCAGUUUCGGAUUUUGCGCUGAAAAAAUCCAUCAAAGAGCAACGGGAAUACUUACCCGUAUUUGCCGUGAGACAGAAAAUGCUCAGUGUUAUUGCAGAUAAUAGCGUUGUCAUUAUUGUUGGUGAAACAGGGAGCGGCAAAACAACACAGUUAGCUCAAUAUUUACUCGAAGAUGGUUAUGGUAAUUUUGGUCUAAUUGGUUGCACACAACCACGCCGUGUAGCAGCAAUGUCAGUGGCAAAGCGGGUUGCUGAAGAGAUGGACGUUGAGUUGGGCCAGGAAUGUGGUUACGCUAUUCGAUUUGAAGAUUGCACUUCGGAGAAUACACGAAUCAAGUACAUGACCGAUGGUAUUCUGCUCCGAGAAUGUUUGAGUGAUCCAGAUUUAGACCAGUAUUCUGCUAUCAUCAUGGACGAGGCCCAUGAAAGGUCAUUGAACACAGAUGUUUUAUUCGGCCUUUUGCGAGAUGUCAUUGCUCAUAGAGCUGAUCUCAAACUUAUCGUCACUUCAGCUACUAUGGAUGCUGAAAAGUUUGCAAAUUUCUUCGGUGGUCAUACUCCUUGCUUUACUAUCCCUGGUCGUACAUUUCCGGUUGAAAUGUUUCACGCUAGGACGCCCAUGGAUGAUUACGUUGAUGCUGCAGUGAAACAAGCUGUAAGAGUCCAUUUGGGUGGUACAGAUGGAGAUAUAUUGAUAUUUAUGCCUGGUCAAGAGGAUAUCGAGGUUACGUGUGGGAUGAUCAAGAAUCAAUUAGAAGAACUGGAUGAGGCGCCACCGCUUGCUGUACUGCCGAUUUAUUCGCAGCUUCCAAGUGAUUUGCAAGCAAAAAUAUUCCAGAAGGCUCCAGGUGGCAUCCGGAAAUGUAUAGUGGCAACAAAUAUCGCCGAAACAUCGUUGACUGUUGAUGGCAUACUCUUCGUUAUUGAUCCUGGCUACUGUAAGCUAAAAGUGUUUAAUCCUCGUAUUGGUAUGGAUGCACUUCAGGUUUUUCCAAUAUCGCAAGCUUCAGCUAAUCAAAGAUCUGGUCGAGCUGGUCGAACGGGUCCGGGCCAGUGUUUUAGACUUUAUACUGAAAGGCAGUUUAAGGAGGAAAUGUUGGUAGCUACUGUACCAGAAAUCCAGAGAACAAAUCUUGCAAAUGUGGUUUUACUGCUGAAAUCUCUGGGAGUCGAUGAUCUAUUAAAAUUUCAUUUUAUGGAUGCACCUCCUCAGGAUAACAUGUUGAAUAGCAUGUAUCAGCUGUGGACACUAGGUGCUCUGGAUAAUAUAGGUAGACUCACUGACCUGGGUAGAAAAAUGGUGGAGUUUCCCUUGGAUCCAACUCUUUCCAAAAUGUUGAUUGUGUCGGAGGGAAUGGGGUGCAGUGAUGAGGUACUUACAGUCGUCUCAAUGCUUUCUGUUCCUGCCAUAUUUUUUCGGCCUAAAGGACGAGAAGAAGAUGCUGAUGCAAAGAAAGAAAAAUUCCAGGUGCCUGAAAGCGAUCACCUUACAUUCCUGAAUGUCUAUUUGCAAUGGAGACUCCACAAAUAUUCGACGAAAUGGUGCAACGAUAACUUCAUUCAUACUAAAGCUAUGAAGAAAGUUCGAGAGGUUCGUGCCCAGCUGAAAGACAUUAUGGACGAACAGAAAAUUGAACUGAUAUCAUGCGGUAUGAAUUGGGAUGUUAUACGAAAAUGUAUUUGUUCAGCCUAUUUUCAUAAUGCUGCAAGAUUGAAAGGAAUUGGAGAAUAUGUUAAUGUGAGAACAGGCAUUCCUUGCUUCUUGCAUCCAACAUCCGCACUUUUCGGAAUGGGAUAUAUGCCAGAUUACGUUGUAUAUCACGAACUGAUCAUGACAGCGAAAGAAUAUAUGCAAUGUGUAACAUCAGUUGAAACACCAUGGUUAGCUGAACUUGGGCCUAUGUUUUAUUCUUUGAAAGAAGCUGGUUCAAGCAGGAUUGAGAAAAGGCUACAAAGUAUGCAAGAUGCUCGAGACAUGGAAGAAGAAAUGAAACAGGCUACCAGCAGAAUAAAUGAAAUAAAAAAAACAGAACAAGAAAAGAGUCAUUCCGUGCGUUCAUUUUCAUCUGCACAGAUAGCAGAACCUGGAAAAGUUUGUGCAUCUGUAAGGUCUUCGACAAGGUUUGGGAUGUAGUCAUUGUCUCGGAAUAUACUCUUUUUUUAUGUUGAGGCGAAAACAUUCUCAAUUAGUCGCGUACAUAUUGGGAAGUUAUUGAAUUUGGGUAAACCUGCACUAUAGAUAAAUGGCAUUGUUGUAUUUGACUUUUUUUGCACAUAUUCAAGAUUUUGGAUUGGCGAUUAACUGAGAAAACAAAAAAUGUUUCAUUUGCCAUAAAACGAUAAAUUUAGAAGAUUCUUGACUUUCAUCAGUAUACAAUAAUGAAAUGAUAGGCGGAGGUUAAAAGAAUGAUCAUGUUAUGAGUCUUCAACUUUAGGGUGGAAUCUGGGAAAUUGCGCUGGAAAAAGGAACAAUUUUUUUCUUUAUUUUUUCGAGGAUUUAUGAAAUCCAUCUUUUUGUGUUAAAUUUUACAGAAGGUUCUAAAGUUUUUGCUGUUAAUUUCAUCACAUAUAUAAUUUCAAUCGUUUUUUUAUAGUGAAUAUCAUUUCUGUAUUUGUGUUUUUGGUAAGCUGUACCGAGUUAUUAGAUAUUCAGUGGAUGAACUGCACUGUUUGUUGUCAGAGAGGAUUGUAUCCAUAGCAGUUUCCAUUGUAUUCCAAUCAGCUGAUAUUGCUACUGCAUUGUAUUUGCCGUCAUUUUUUUUCUUGAAAUCAUUAAUGUAGUGCUUAUUUUGUAAAUUAUGCUUUAUUACACUGUUCUCUCUUUUUAGAAGUUGCAGUAAAUUAAAAAAUGUUAAUA